AAAUUAGUUUGACAUUUAUUUAUUGACAGCAGUAGCCACAAAAAGUGUUGACACCUCCAACUGGUGGAUAAGCGAAGGAAUUUCUGGUUGAAAUCCAGAUUGUUUACUGUAUUAACAAGUGUUUUUUGUUUGUCAAAGCAUUCGAGUAGCACAAAUAACGAUUUAUAUGAUAAACAAAUACAAUAAAAGUAUUAAAAACAAACAUUAUUAUCAACAGAAACAGCAACGACAAUGUCGGCCACAACACAUAUUCUAAACAGGAAUAUGCCCUAUUUGAAACAGCAAUUUUCGGCACUACUGCGUAAUACUUCGCCAGUUAUUACCCUUAUAUGUUUGGUAACCACGGUGGGUUAUUUGCUGUCGUUUAGUGAAACUGCAGUACUUUUCUUAACUGUAACGCCUGGCUACAUCUUGCCCAAUGCGGAAUUCUGGAUAUGGACUGCGUUUACAUUCUGCUUUAUAGAGCUGCAUUGGUGGGAGGUUUUGGUAGAUGUUGUUACCGUCGGUUUGUGUGGCAAAAUGAUAGAACCUUUGUGGGGUCAAAUGGAAAUGUUUAAAUUUUUUGCCUUGAGCAAUUUUGGUGUGUCGAUACUGACCACCAUAUACUAUUUGUUCUAUUAUAUGAUUACUAAAAAUCCGCAAAUUUUAUUUGAUGUCCACAUACAUGGUUUGGCUGGCUAUGUAGCUGGAAUUUGUGUGGCAGUACGGCAAAUAAUGCCCGAUCAUUUAAUAUUUAAGACACGUUGGGGUAGAUUGACUAAUCGCAAUGUUCCUUUGACGGUUCUGAUUUGGUCCAUUAUAUUGUGGGCUGUAAAUUUGUUAGAUGGAACGUACCCGGCCAUGUUUGCUUCGGGCCUAUUAGUUUCUUGGGUAUAUUUGCGUUUCUAUCAACACCAUCCGAAUGGUCGUGGUGACAGUUCGGAAAGUUUUACUUUCGCUAGUUUUUUCCCCACUGUAAUGCAGCCGAUUAUUGGUAUCCUGGUUAAUCCAAUUUACCUGUGUUGUUUGAAGGUAGGAGUUGUCAAGCCACCAGCACCACCCCGUGUGGCUUCAGCUGCCAGUUUAUCUUCCGUAUCAAUUUCGAUGCCAGGUGUUGAUCCACAUGAUGUCGAAAGAAGACGGCAAAUAGCUUUAAAAGCUUUAAGUGAACGUUUAAAAUCUACUGAAACAUCUCGUCAUUCACAAUUGCCCAAAUCGUUUCCCACUGUAGCUGGUAGCGGCGGCGGUCAUAAUCAUGGUCACACCCAUAAUCAUGGUCAGCACCAGCAUAAACAUCACGGAGGUCAUGGCCACCAACAUGGUGGUUCUCAUGCCCAUAACGCUCAUACUAGUAACUCCGGGCAUGGUCAUUCCCACGGUCACGCUCUGGGAGGACAUGGUGAAUUGCAAACACCUCCAUUCUUAGCGCAAUCAAUUGCCAGUUCUGCCUCUCCAUCUUUACCCAUUACUACGGCUCGGUCGGAGCCGCGCAUGAUUAGCACUAUGAGCUCAAUUGCAAUACCAAUGCCAGCGCCGCCUCCCAAAGCGGAAAAUUCCGCCAUAGCCACUAGUGAUUUCAAAGACGAAAGCAGCGACAAAGCGUUACUCAUCGAUAUGGAUAACGACAACACACAGUAAUUGUAGUUUAGUAGCAAAAAAUAUUAAAUAAAAUAAAAAAAGAAACGAAACGAAGUUAUCAGCUAAGAAAAAUUAAGUUGAUGAUGAUGACAAUGCUGCUGCAAGGCUAAGCAGUGAUCUUAAUUUUUUUUUGUUUUUAUUAUUUAAACAUGUAUAAUAAAAUAGAAAUUACAUUAUAAAAGAAAAAUAUAGUACGUAAAUUUUCUUAUUUUAAAAUUUAAA